CAUGUGAUACAUUAUUUUCACAAGUAAGAAUAAAUCUACUUUUUUCAAUAUUUGUUUUUACAAUAACAUACAUCUUAAGCGUAAACAUAUUCAAAAUGUGAUUCUAAUGGGUGUAAGCGCAUUCGGGUUAAACCUUUACCUCGACCGCCGAGUAAUGCAAGCUCGCUAAGAGCACAAUAUUGAGUUGCCUAUAAUGUAUCACCCUACAGACAAGUUAUUUAACUGCUGGAAGGUUCGAUCGACAAAACCAUCCAACUCAAAGAACAAAAUUCCAUCAAAAUUCAUCCAAUUGUGCUGUAAAUCUUCUCCAUCAUGUCUUGUGACUAGUCAUUAAUAUUGAAAUCAUAGAAAAAGCUUUCAUAUCGAAUCGAACGAUUAUAGUUUUCGUUUUAUGAUACACUCUUCAUUCGUUUGUAUAUAUAAUUAGAAUAUAAAUGUAAAAAUAGCAUGGUAACUAAUGUAAGGUAAUUUCUUUCUAAUUGAGUUUCUUUUUGUCCAAUAAAAAAUAUAUCAAUUCUAGACGUAUCUGAAGUAGAGAGAUGGUUCAAUGUUUUAGGCAUUUUAUAUACCGUUAAUGAAAUGCAGAUUACAAUUCAACGCCUUCUAUUCCACUUUUUGGACGACUGGGUAGUAUUACUGGACCUCACAUUAAGAGUAUGUUCAUAAGCCAAGUACACAGAUUUGUACUUGGUUAAUGUAUUGAUAAUAAUAACGCAUUUCUGAAAAAAAAGACAAAGGAAUAAUAAUUCAAUAUAAACAGCUUGUUUUAUUCAUUUUUAUUACAUUCUAGACAUAUGGUAGUACAAAGAAAGAUAAAAUGAUUGUUCAACUAUACAGAGCUACUAUCUUAAUUUUAUUAUGUUGCAUUCCAUCAUGUGCUUUGUACUUGAAUGCGGAACCAUUAUUAUUAUUACUUGGACAAAAUCCUUUAAUUGCAAAGGGAACUGGUGAAUUGUUGCUUUAUCUUAUACCGGGAUUACUUUUUAGUUCACUUGGACAAUUAUUUAUCAGGUUUGUUCAAACACAAAAUUAUGUAUAUGCUCCAUUAGUUAUUAUGAUUUUUGUGAAUGGUAUCAAUGCAUUAAUGCAUUAUAUACUGAUUUAUAUAAUGAAUAUGGAUGUCAGAGCUUCACCAAUAUCCCAAGCAACAGCAUAUUUUUUCCAAGUUGUAUGCUUUAUUGUCUACAUCAAAUUCAUAGGUCUUUCCAAAAAUAUCAACUUUAAAUUUACAACGGAAGUUUGGGAAGAUUGGAAUAUAUGGUUUCGUUUAGCUAUACCUGGUUUAAUUAUGAUUAGUCUUGAAUGGACAAUUUAUGAAAUUGGUGGUUUUAUCGCUGGAACUUUGGGAGCUCGUGAACUUGCUGCACAAACCAUUAUUCUAUCUAUUGGAUCUAUUAGUUAUACCUUGCUCCCACUUGGUGUUGGUAGUGCAACAGGUAUACGUGUAGGACAAUAUCUUGGUGCUCGAUGUGCUAGAGGCCCAUAUUCUGUAUUUAGUGUAGCAAUGACAUUAGUUGGCUGUUGGGCUUUACCAUAUGUAGGAAUUUUAAUUGCUACAAGAAGGUAUUUACCAAGAGUUUUUACAUCUGAUGAUGGCGUCAUUGAACUUGUAGCUGAACUAAUGCCAAUUAUAGCUUAUUUUCAAAUUAUCGAUGGUGCGAAUGGUAUAUGUAGUGGUGUCUUGAAAGGAUCAGGUUUACAAACAGUUGGAGCAAUUGUGAACAUAUUCUGUCUUUAUAUGUUUGCUGUACCACUUGGGAUUUGUUUAGUUUAUGUUGUAAAUCUUAGAUUGACGGGUAUUUGGGUUGGUCUCGUUAGUGCCGCAACAUUACAAGUGUCUACAUUGUGCAUUAUAUGUUUCCGUUUGAAUUGGACAACACAAAUCAAACUGGCUUUAGAAAGAAUAAAAGCGGAGAAUGAUUCAUCAGAAAUAGCUAUGAAAAAUCUUGAUGAAAUUGCUGCUACUGGGAUUGUGAGCGUUGAUGAGGAUAAUAAUGAUACUAAUCUAUCACAGAAAAAUCAUCAAUUCAAUCAUUUACCAAUGAAAACAAAUCAAAAAUCAAUAAUCAAUCAAUUCAAUAAACAAAAUCAUUCAUUAAAUAAAAUGAUUAUAAGAAAUAGAAUUAUUUUUAUUAUUAUUUUAUUAUUAAUUCUUAUUACAAGUAUUCUAUGUAGAUUAUUUAUUUAUUUACCUGAUUAUUUUGGUAUUUAUUGUGUUUAUAAUAAUGAUACAUUUAUACAAAUUAUAAAUUAUAAUAUCACUGAUAAUUGUACAGUAGUUAUUCCAUAAGAGAAAAAAAAUGGGAAGGAAAAAAAUUUUUACAAAAAAAAAAUUAAUCGAAUUUAUAUAAAUAAAUUUUUUUGCUUUUUUGUUUUUCUUUUUUUGUUUUUUUGUUUUUUGUUGUGUUUUUUUUUCGGUCCAUGAAAAUGAACAUUCACAAUUAAAUGUUUGUUUGUUUGUUUUUAUUAAAAUAAAAUUAGAGGAUACAAUGGAAAUUAAAUUGUUGAAUUAGAAUUAUUGAACAUUGAAUUCAAUAUAAAUCAACAUUUGUUUAUAUUUAAAAAUGUUCCAUAGAAACAAAAAAAUCAAUAAUAACGCAAUAAAUAAAUAAAAACAGAUAUUUGUGUAAAGUGUUGUUUGUUUAUUUGUUUGUUUGUUUUAAAUAAAUGUGUUGGGUAUAAUUAAAGGUUUAGAAAAAAAAAACAUUUGUUGAUUAAAAUACUUUAAAUAUGUUAUAAAUAAACAAUCAAUAAGAAGUUGUUUACUGAUUUGUUUAUAUAUAGUUCAUAGAUUUAAACGAUAAACUUUGGUAUGGAUUCUAUCUUUUUUUUUAAAAAUUUAUUAUUCAAAUUUCUUUUUUUUUUUAAUUUCUCUCUUAUAUAUAUCUAUGGUAAUAUAAGAUAUGGAAUAAUGAGUAUCAAUUCUCAGUGAAAUUUUAUAACACUAUUUGUUGUUAUUUCUUUGUUACAUUACAAUAAAGAUAAUUUUUUUUAAAGGUUCAAUUAAAUACAUGUUUAUGAACUAUGAUGUUAUGGUGUGAGUUACUUAUAUCCACAUAAGUAGUAUAUAUAGUGAUGGUAUGUAUUUUGGCAGAAAAUCGAUAACUAAAGAACAGGAAUGAAGCGCCAUUGGUACAUAAAUGCAUGAACAAUGAAAUCAGAGACUACGGACUUAUAUUUUCAGAAGGAACAGUUAAGAUCGAGACAUUUGAUUGUUAUUUUGCAAAUUAACUAUUUACUGUAUGGUUAUCAGAAUUUAGUGAGAUAGUUUGUAAUUUGUGUUUAAAUAUAUUCGAUUGUC